AUGGAACUAAAAUCACUCUCCAGCAACUGGAAAAAGCUGCAGGAGACUUUGAAGAAGGACGUCUCCACGGCCCCCACGCCAAAGCGCAAACGAUCCGAUCGCGAGUCUCAGAAUGAUCUGAAGAAGCGGAAAACCGUUACAGAAGCAGGGAAAGGAGGAAAACGCACCUCACAAGCUGCACACACCACCAAGAAACGAAAUAGAAUGUCUCCAGCUUCCCCAGAUGGGGUUGGGAAGGAAACUCAAAGUAUAUCCCGGAAAAGUUCCACGGCGGCAUUUCCAAAGGACAAUGAAGGCCGUUCUUCAACCGUCGAAAUAGGGAAAUAUAUUGCGGUGGAUUGUGAGAUGGUUGGAAUUGGGCCAAACCCAGACAACGAUUCAGCCCUUGCCCGCAUCAGUAUCGUCAACUACAACGGUGAUCAAAUAUACGACUCAUAUGUACGACCUAAGGAGAUGGUUACGGAUUGGCGAACACACGUCAGUGGAAUAACACCCAAGCAUAUGGUGGAAGCUAGGACAUUAGAACAAGUGCAGAAACAGGUCGCGGAGAUCCUUGAUGGACGGAUACUAGUGGGACAUGCUCUCCGAAACGACUUAGAUGCUCUUUUGCUCAGUCACCCUAAGCGCGAUAUUAGAGAUACCAGCAAGCACCCCCCGUAUCGGAAAAUUGCCGGAGGAGGUUCCCCUCGACUGAAGAUCCUGGCGUCAGAGUUCCUCGGGCUGAAAAUACAAGACGGCGCCCAUUCAAGUGUGGAGGAUGCGAAGGCUACAAUGCUCUUGUACCGGCGAGACAAAGAUGAGUUCGAACGAGAACAUUUGAAGAAAUGGCCUGUUCGUGUGGCGCCGGAGAACAAGGAGAACGGAGGGGAUGAGAAGAAGAAGAAGAAAAAGAAAAAGAAGACCCGUAAGAGGUGA